UUGAUAUAACCACAAGUUAUAACCUAUAGCAACGCAACAGCAAAUCUGCACAAGAUGAUAAAUUUCACUAAAUUAUAUUAAUGUAAUAAGGAUAAUAAUGGCUAGACAAAUCACGACGGUGCUGAUAGACCUUAGCGGAACGUUACAUAUCGAUAACACGGCUAUUCCAGGUGCCGUACAAGCGUUAAGCAGACUACGAAAUGCAAACCUAUCGAUUAAAUUUGUCACCAACACCACCAAGGAGUCGAGUACGUAUUUGUACGAGCGUCUGACGAAACUUGGAUUUGACUUGCGAAAAGAGGAAAUCUUUAGUUCUCUUGCGGCGGCGAGGAGAUUAAUUAUCUCUCGGCGAUUGAAGCCCUUGCUGUUAAUUGAUCCGGCAGCGAUGGAGGAUUUCCAAGAUUUAGCAACAGAUGAUACGCCUGAUGCAGUGGUGAUUGGCUUAGCACCGAGCAAAUUCAAUUAUGACGAGCUGAACAAAGCAUUCAGAUUGCUUUUGAAUGGUGCUUCCCUCAUAGCCAUUCACGAAGGACGAUAUUACAAGCGCCCCGAUGGCCUAGCUCUAGGUCCUGGGGCGUUUAUCAAAGGAUUAGAGUAUUCUAGCAAUGUAAAAGCAGAAGUUGUUGGUAAACCGACCAUAGGAUUUUUCAAGGCAGCUUUAGGGGAAACAGAUCCAGCACAGGCUAUAAUGAUUGGAGAUGAUGUAAGAGACGACGUAGCUGGUGCGCAAGCAGCUGGGAUUAAAGGUAUUCUGGUACAAACUGGCAAAUACAGAGCAGGGGAUGAGAAUACGAUUACUCCGGGACCAGCGAAAGUAUACGCUUCUUUUGUAGAAGCUGCCGAAAGUAUUCUCAGUGAACGUAUAUAAAGAUUUGUGGUUUAAC